AUGUCUUCAAUCCAAGUGGAAGAAGACGUCUACGACGUCCUCGUCAUAGGCGCCGGCCCCUGCGGUCUCGCCAUAGCAGCCCGUCUCCACGAACACACCCCCGCCGCACUCUUCACUGACGAAGAACACCGUCGCUUCCACUGGAUAUCCAAAUACGGCAACAAAAUGCCCCUGAAGCACGUUCGCAGCGGUAAAAUCAGCCCUCCCCAGCACUCUGCAAAACCACAGUAUAAAAUGCUCGUGCUCGAUGCAGAUAGCGAUACUUGGAUGGGACGCUGGAACAGGUUGUUCAACAUGUAUGAUAUCUCGCAUCUGAGAAGUCCUAUGCUUUGGCAUGUUGAUCCGCUUGAUCGGGAUGCAUUGCUCGCGCAUGCGUAUGCUAAUGAUAGAGCGGAUGAACUUGUUGAGAUUAGGAAUUGUGUGGGGAAGGAGAUUAGUAAACAUGGGAGGAAGAAGAGUGGACAACGAGCUUGUGGACGAAGACAAGAAGCUCGUGUUGACAUCAACGUAAGAGAGCGUAAUGAUUACUACAACCCUUCAACGUCCCUCUUCUGCGACCACUGCGAAAAAGUCGCGGCGCGGUAUAAUCUCAGCUCAAACAUGAUCCGCAAAGAAGCCCUCCAGCAUUUGGACUACGAUGAAGUAAAGGGUAUUUCAAUUGAUGGCGAGAAACUCUUUACUGUAACAUCCAACAAAGUCCGUCGAUACGCUCGCACAGUAGUGUUAGCAGUCGGUCCAGCAAACGUUGCCAAAAUCCCCCAUAUUCCCUCCAUGCCCGAAAAGCUUCCUCAGACAUGUCACAGCAUGCACAUCGCUGAAUUUCCAGACCCUGUCGUCAAAGCGAGAAUCGCUGCGAAGAGAACGACGAAUGUUCUUGUUGUUGGUGGUGGACUUACGUCUGCGCAAUUAACUGAUCUUGCUAUUCGGAAGGGCGUCACAAAGGUCUGGCAUAUCAUGCGUGGACCACUGCGCAUCAAGCAUUUCGACGUUGGACUUGAAUGGAUGGGAAAGUUUAAGAAUGCGAAGCAAGCGCAGUUUUACUACGCUGAUUCAGAUGAUGAGAGAAUUGAGAUGAUCAAGGAGGCGAGAGGUGGAGGGAGUAUCACGCCUGUUUUCCACAAACGACUCAAGAAACAUCUCUUGACGAAAAAGCUCGAACUCUUCACUGAAACAAGUCUCGUGGAUGCUCAAUUCGACGCUGAGAAGGGUACUUGGAGUGUUCAGACCAAUCCCCCAAUCGACAUGCCUGCUAUGGACUACAUGUACUUCGCAACCGGUAUCCAAACGGACUUCUCCUCACUUCCCUACUUACAAAAGAUUCUGGAGAAAUACCCCAUCGAAGGACGCGGGGGGUUUCCCUGUAUUAAUAACGAUUUAAUGUGGAAUGACGAUGUUCCGCUGUUCAUGAUGGGAAGACUGGCUGCGCUGAGACUUGGCCCUGCGGCGCCGAAUCUGGGAGGGGCGCAAGUUGGUGCGGAGAGGAUUGCGUGGGCUAUUGAAGAUAGAGUUGCGAGGCCUGGGGAAGAUGAGGGGGAGGAUUAUAGGAAGGGGUAUUUAUCUGGGCAUGGGAAUAUGUAUAGUUCUUUGGCUUGCCGCACAUGCGCAGGCUACAUCGCACCACCCCCCGGCUCAUUCUCAUGGACUUCUCUCCUGCGCACCAAGCCUCAAACCCUACCCAUAACCAACACCAAAGAAGUCCGCAGCUUAUCCUUCUUCCAUCACGUGGUCGCUCCCGUGCUCUCCGGUCCUUUUGACGGUUCGUUCUGGACGUAUUUCGUCGUUCAGAUGGCGCAGUCUGAGCCGGCGGCGCGUCAUGCUGUGUUGGCGAUAAGUUCUCUCUUCGAGAGCUUUGAACCAUCGAAGGAGAGUGUGGCUGAUGAGUUUGCUAUUAAGCAUUAUAACAAAGCUAUUAGUAUUCUUACGCGUGAUACGAAACCGUGUGUUGAUACGGUUUUGUUGGUCUGUCACAAAUCACGCCUCUCGAAUACUUUUGCGCAAAUGAGUAUCUUUCCGUUAUUCUUUGUGGAUGAAGGCGCUGAGUUCCCACUUCUUCGAGGCGACGAGGGCGCAGAUUUGAAGAAUCCUGUGUUCUAUACAAUAAGUGAAGCGCAACACGCGCUAGAGCAUCUGUGUAUAAGGAUUAUAAGACUUGUUCGCGAUGGAAAUCCAUAUCGGCUUGAAGUUACCGAUGAGAUUCCGCAGGAGUGGAUGUUUGAUGAACACGCAGAAGCGAAACAAGAUCUUGAAGCGUGGGAGUUUGCGUUUGAGAGAUUUCGGAACAGACGAGGUUUUGCGGAGAUGGAGGAUACACCGACUUUGGCGGUUAUUACGAGACAUAGACUUAUGAAGAUUUGGAUUGUGAAUUGUUUUAGAAGAGGGGAGAUGGGGUAUGAUGGGAUGAAGGAGGAUUUCAUCACGAUUGUGGACUGCGCUCGAAAAGCAGCCGAGAACCUUGAAGCGCAACACGCAGCACCGGGAAAAUUCAUGUUUGACACUGGAUUUAACCCCAUGCUCCAUUUCACAAUCUUCAAAUGUCGAUACCUCGCUCUUAGAGUGGAAGCACUCUCCCUCAUGCGGCGACUGUCAAGUCAGCAAGAAGCUUUGUGGAACGCAACGCUACUGUACGACAUGUCACGGCGUAUCAUCGAGGUUGAGCACGAUAUUGAUCUCUCGGGGGAUUAUGAUCUAUAUGAUGAGAGGUUACCGCCUGAUGAGAACAGAGUAAGGGGCUUCUUCUUCAGAGAGGGGCCGGAGGCAGAGUCGGUCAUGUGGGAUAAGAACGCGGAGACGGUGUAUUUCCUCAUGGGGCAUCCACAAGGUGGUGUGGUGUUUAGGAAGGAGUACGUUAGGAACAAGGACUUAGUCUUGGAUUGCGGGCAGACUUUUUGGAUGUGA